AUGUUCCAGAAAAAACGAAAAUUAGAGAUUCAAUUUUCGUUGGAUUAUUUUAAACCACAUCACAAAGCCAUUUUUAUUAACAUUCCUGUAACAAAAUAUAGAAAAGGAAAAGACGAAGAUACAAAAAAUGGAUGUGUUCUUGACGUUGGGAACGGAACUUUUGCUCGUAAAUUUCAAGUUGUCGUUUUUUUGGAGAACGAAAAAGUCAUAUUCAAAACAGGUGAUCUCGACAAUGAGAUAUUGAAAAUCACAGAAAAAGACGAAGCACUCUUUAAAAACGUCAGAUAUAAAAACGGAACGAAAAAUAUCGAUUUUGUAGACGCACGAAAUUUUAAAGAUUUAUUUUUUAGUGGAAAGUAUUUGGAUCUUAUCGGGUAUGUCGUUAGAGUUACUGAAAUACCGAGAUCUGAGGCGUUUAUAUUUAUAGGAUAUGACGAAGAUACUAUUAAUACUUAUACUAAUACUCAAAGAGAAAGUUUUGACGCAGAUGGGUUUGUUGGAACGGGGAGAUUAUUUCGAGUCAUCAUAAAUGAAAAUUCCAAAGAUUUAAAAGAUGAGAAAAGUCAAAUUGAGAAAGGUUGGACUAAAAUAGAAAAUUUUGAAUUUGACGAAAAACAAGUCGCAAUUGGAACAAAACGAAAUAAUGUGGAACAUUUGGAGGAUAACAACAUUUUGGUGAUACGAAAGAAAAUAGAAUUACUCAAAAAUGCAAUGAAAAACGAAUUUUUUUUUGAAAUGUUGCUAAAAGAAAUGGGAAAGAGCCAAAAAGAGAUUGAGGAAAUAACUCAAAACUGUGAUUUACAAAACGAAAAAGAAAAUGUCAUUGCAGAAAAAUUGAAGAUAUUUGAAGAGGCGAAUUUGGAAUUAAAAUCACAAGAUAUUAAUUUCAUUUUGAACGAAACGAAAACUCAGAACUUGAAAACAGAAGACAAAAUUGAGCAAAAAGUCGAAAACAAAGAAAAAGAAAUAGAUUUAAACGCUUCGGCUUCAGACAGCCAACAAACACCCGAAAAAAAGGUAGAAAAAGCAAAAAUAAAAACCGAAAACGUCAAAGUGAAAACGGAAGUAAAUCAAGUGAACAAACUUGAAAAUCCCAUUUUUGAAAAAAAAGAAAAUCUUGACAACUCUGUGCAUCCAAACCAGAACGAAACGAAUGGAAAUGUCACAAUGAUGGAGAUUGAGGAAUGUCAAAAUGUGAAAAGUGAAGCACAAACACUCAAAUCAUCAACUCCUCCAAUCUCAAAACAACCAAAUGAUUCUUUGAAAAGACAAAAUAGUUUGAACAAUGACGACAUUGAAGAUGUCAUAAAGUCAAUGGAUUUGGAAUAUCUUCGGGUCGAACAAGAAAAAAAUAAGAAACCAAACCUAAUAAAAACAAAAAGUGAGAAAAUAGAAAAGAAAAAGUCAAUCGAAAAAACUCAUAGUCUUCCAGAGAUACAAAAAAGUGUGACCGACCUCCACGCUUCUGUCCAAGUGAAAGACGAAAAGAAACUAAAAACCCGACACCCCUCGUCGGGUGCUUUUAAGAUGAAAGAACUUUUUGAUUCCUCGAAAAAAGUGACACGAAAAAGUGACGACGAGAUUUUGAGAGAAAAAGAGAAAAAAAGCCGCAAGUGGCUGCUUGAUGACAUGAAUCAUCAAGAAGAGGAAUUGAACACACAAGAUCUUUAUGUUGUUAACAAGCAAAAAUCACCACUCACAAUUGACGACAUCUUAAACGCAGGAAAAUCACAAAUUGCCGCGAGUGAUCUUCUUUACUCACAAAUCAACGAAGAAAAAAAAGAAGAAAAAAACAGCGAAUUUAGGAAAAGGAAAGGGUUUGAAAUAGGGUUACGCAAGAAGGAGGUGUUUGGGAAGGAGAUCGACAUCGAGGGGUUUUUACAGGGACGAGUGAAGAGCGGAGACGGAGUGGAACUUGUUGAGAAUGAGAGGAUUGUGUUGAGUAUAAAAAUCAAAAAGGUGGAAUGGAACGAAAGUUGUCAAAAUCUUGAAGAAGUUGUGGGAAGUAAAAUGAUAGUUGAUUGCUUAAAUACUAAGUCGGAAAAAUUCAAGAUUGUCUUUUGUGGAACGCUCAUUGUUUGUCAUGUUUUUAUAUGA